AUGUCCGAUCACAGUACUACGACCCAUGCUACGGCGUCCGCGGGAACCGACGCGCUCUGCAACCCUGGUCCAGUGAUGCGGGCGCAUAGUAUGCGAGCUGGACUACUCAAUCGUGGACGGACUCUCGGUAUUGGGUGCUGGAAUGUGCGAACGUUCCUGGACCCUGGUACCCAAAGUCUGACCGCGCGCAGCCUUGAUCAGUACAAUGUGGAUGUCCGCUGUCUGUCUGAGGUUCAACUCCCUGACACAGGCUCCCGUGAAAUAAAGAUCCCUGGAGUCGAAUCACAUUAUAUCCUGUACGACAGCAGCCCGCGCGAUUCUUCUGGUCGACACGGUUUGGCGAUCGCCUUAUCGCAACAAGCGGACCUCGCGCUACUUGCUUGGGAACCAGUCAAUGACCGGAUGGCCUACGUGCGACUGAAGGGUCACUUCACGAACAUCUCCAUCGUCGCUGUGUACGCACCAACUUCGGCUGCCGAACAGCACGAUAAAGAGGCGUUUUACUCUCAGUUGCAAGCGCUAGUUGAAAGACUGCCUCGCCGCGAUCUGCUGAUUGUUGCUGGCGAUUGGAAUGGUCGGACUGGACUUGGCGACCCCACAACCAGUCAUCUUCUUGGCCGCUUUGGAUUUGGCUCCCGAUGCGAAAAUGGUGAGAGAUUGCUGAACUUCGCUGAUCUAAACCGACUGCUUGUCACCAACACAUGUUUCAAGCAUCACAAGAAACAUCUGCUGACCUGGUAUUCAAACGACGGUCAUACGGCCAGUCAGAUUGACUACAUACUAGUCAGCUCAAGGUUCCGCAGCUGGGUUCACGACAGCAGAUCGAUGCGUGGUGCCGAGACUGGUAACGCCCAUGGGUCGGACCAUGUCCUCGUCCGUACACGCUUGAAGGUUCAUCUCUCAUCCGCGCCAAAAAUGCCACGUCCUAGACGCCUCGAUGUCGCAAAAACCCGGCAAGCCAGCACUGCCGAGGCCCUAAGCAGAGAAAUCCGGACCUGUUUUACGACCCGAGCUGACGGAGAAGUCAGUAACCAGUGGUCGUCACUGAAGACUUCAGUCUAUGGGGCAACUGAGAAAAUCCUUGGAUACACCCAGCGACGCCGCAGUGACUGGAUCAGCGGAAGAACCCUGCAGUUGUCUGCUCAGACGGCUAGAGCUAGGUCCCGCAACGAUGACUACUUCCGCAACUUCGGAAGAUGA